UCCUCCUCCUCCUCCUCUUCCUCCCCGCGAUCUCGUCGCGAAUUAGGGUUUGGAUCCCUCCGGAAGGUCCAAUUCUAGGGCUCCGAAGCGCGAUUCUUCG